AUGCUAGAGUCGUUGGCAGCGGGUUUAUUGAAUCGGUUUCUGGGCUCUUACGUCGAAAACUUCGACCCAAAGCAACUAAAUGUGGGAAUAUGGAGCGGGGACGUCAAGCUGAGGAACUUGAAGUUGCGCAAGGAGUCGUUAGACGCGCUGAAUUUGCCGAUUGACGUGGAAUUUGGGUUUCUGGGAGACCUGACGUUGUCUGUUCCGUGGUCAAACCUGAAAAACGAGCCUGUGAAGAUCAUUAUAGAGGAUGUGUACGUGGUUUGCAGGCCGGGAGACAUCUGGGACGUGCCGCCGGAGGACCAGGCCGAGCGCGAGCUGCGGGCGAAGCUGCAGAAGCUAGAGCGGCUGGAAGCGAUCAACCAGUCGCGGAUGGAAGCGCAGGGGGAGACGUCGAAGGACGUGUCGUUCACGCAGUCGCUGCUGACGAAGAUUGUGGACAACCUUCAAAUCACGAUUCUGAAUAUCCACGUGCGGUACGAGGACACUCGCUGUGUGUUCAGCGAGAAACCGUACACCAUCGGCGCGACGCUCAGUGAGCUGAGCGCCAUGUCCACCGACGCGAAUUGGAAGCCAAGCUUUAUUUCUAUCACGCAGGCGAUUACGCACAAGCUGAUGAACCUGGAUUCUAUCUGCGUGUACUGGAAUACCGACAACCGAUCCAUUCUAGACGAGGACCAGGAUGUUGUCAUUGCUAACAUGAAAAGCUGCAUUGCGAGCGGCGACAAUGUGCCCGAGCAUCAAUUCAUCUUAAGACCUGUCUCAGGAACCGGGAAGCUCACGCUGAAUAAGCAGGGCUCUACCGAGGAGCAGGCGCACAUUGUGGCCCAGCUAUUCUUCAACGAGUUUGGAGUGGAACUUGACGACUGUCAGUAUCAAGAGUUGCUCCAUACGAUGUCUAUGUUUCAUUGGUACCAAAAGACAGUGAAGUAUAAGAGGCACCGCCCGUCAUUUACUCCGUCGGAAAAACCGCGGGAGUUUUUCAGGUAUAUUGCAGAGUGUGUCCUGUCGGAGAUACACGACAGAAACUAUAAAUGCAGUUGGGCCUACAUCAAGGAACGCCGACAAAAGCGGAACGCAUACGUGGAGUUGUGGAAAAGAAAGCUCAAAUUUGGAGGGCCAGAACUUCCUUUACCGGAUGCCAAGGACGAGGAGGCCCUUUCGAACCUCCAUAGAGAGCUAUCUUACGACGACAUCAAGUUUUUCAGGGCGCUUGCUAGACGUGAGUGCGCGAAGGACAAGAUAAAGGAGGAGUCUGAGUCACCUGAGCCAGUUCUUAAGGAGUCGACACCCGGUAGCUGGUUUUCCUCUUGGUGGGGAUCAUCGAACAACCAGAAUAAUGAGCCAGUGUUAUCAAUCACGGAGGAGCAAAAGAAAGAGCUCUACGAAGCCAUAGAGUUUGAUGAGAAUAAAGAAAUCUUAGAUGCCAUUGAUUUACCCCGUGAUAGGGUAAAAAUGCGGAUUACUAAUCUGCUAAAGAAGGGCUCACUAGUGAUCAAGCAUCGGUCAAAGAAAUACAAAUUGUGCGAAGUUGUUUUCGAACAAUGUUCCGCGGAGUUCCUACAAAGGUCUGAUUCAUUUCUUGCAAAAUUUGAUUUACAUGAGAUGAGAGUGGAAGAUGGCUCGCCGGAUACCCUUUAUAAGCACAUAUUGAGCGUGAGCGACCACUACACAGACCGCUCUUCUAGGGCAGCUUCACCUUCAGAACCAUUCUUCCAACUUGUGUUUGAAAAUAAUCCUCUAGAUGAAUCCGCCGACACCUAUGUGAAUAUCAAGCUCGGCUCUAUGCUUGUAUUCUACCAUACAGCUUACUUGAAUGAAUUAUUGAAGUUUUUUAAUCCUCCAAAGAAACAUUGGGAUACGAUCACAGCUAUUAUGAGUGCCGCAGAAGCUACUGUUGAGGGUUGGACUACUCAAACAAGGCUGGGCCUGCAAGCACUCCUGGAGGAACACAAAACUUUGAACCUAGUCUUUGACGCUUCUUCAACGACAUUCAUAAUUCCGUUGGAUCCGCAAGAAUGGUCUUCGCCUUGUGCUGUUUUAGAUGCCGGAGAAAUGCAUAUCGUUAGCGAUUUAGUUCCGAAGGAAAGAAUAAGGGAAAUAACAAAUAUGAGCGUUGAAGAAUAUAACAAAAAAUCGUCGAAUCAACUGAAACGGCUGAUGUUUGAUCGUUUCCAUCUCUACUUGAGGGAUACUCAGUUUUUGAUUGGACCUGAUGUGAAGUCAACGAUAUCCAGUCUAAGUGUCAAAAGGAAAGACAACCAUUUUUGUAUUCUUGAUCGAAUGGCUCUAGAAUUUAUUGUUGAUGUAUCCAUUUUUCCGAAGGCAUUGAACCUACCUAGGGUUAAAACAUCUGGUAAACUACCCAAGAUACACCUAUACUUAAACGACUACCAAUACAAAAUAUUAAUGCAACUGCUCGACAAAUGUAUUCCAAAUUUGGAGGUAGCAGAUGAGGGUGAACCGGAAGCAACCCAUGACCAAUAUGUUUUUCUUGAUGAGUUCAGACAGCAUCGAUUCACUGGCAGGGAUAAAGAAGUGUCAGUCCUUAAGCAGACCGAGUCGCGCUUGGCCCAGAUGACCAUAGCUGAACUAAACCAACCUGUGUUUGAGUUAGAUUUAAAGGUGGACUCUGCACAACUUUCUCUUCAGAAAUGUGUCGAUGGCACUACCAUGAAAUCUCAAAAAUUAGUUCAGUUUUAUGGUAAGGAUCUAUUAAUGGAGUUCAAGAGCAUGGCGAAAGAAAUGCAUCUUGAUUUGCAUCUAAAUUCUCUUGAUCUAGAGGAUCACAUCGAGGGAUCUAAUGUGCCAGAGUUUAGGAAACUUGCCACUUCCUAUAAUAUACCUGAUAAGGCCACCAAGGACAUAUUCCAGAUGAGCUAUCAUAAAACGCAAAGAAUUGUUAGCUACGAGGGAACUUUGAUAGAAGUGUUUGAUAGGGAUGUGAACAUAACUAUGGCUGCGCUCAAGUUCGUGUUGACACCAACUUCAGUGCUGACUAUGAUAAACUACGCACUUAAUACGUUUACAGAUCCGACAGCUGAAUUGCCAGAAGAUGUUUUGAGACACAAUGAAGCAGAUACCAUUGAUGCUCCGGGAAAAAUUAACAUGAAGCUCUCAAUGGAUGGUAUAACCGUUCUUUUGAACGACGAUUCUAUUCUAUUAGCGACGCUAGAGCUUUCUGCGGCUGAACUGUUUGUCUUAUUAUUACCGGAGUCUAUGAAGGCCACUGCAAAGAUAGGUGGCCUACAACUUAUUGACAAAAUUAGCGAAGGGCUCCCAACUGACUCAAUCUUUAGGCAGUUAAUUACAGUCAAUGGCGACGAGCUUGUAGAGUUGGUAUAUGAAACAUUUGAUCCAACCAAUAAUCCACAUGAGUAUACAUCCAAGCUUGACUACAGGACGGGAUCGAUGACUAUAAACAUCGUUGAGCACUCUCUCCAUAAAAUUAUUAACUACCUGGCUAAAUUCCAGAAGAUGAAGGGCUUGUUCGAUCGCGCCAGACUAGCAGCUUAUGACCAAGCAGGUAGCCUGGAUGCAGUGAAUAACAUGAAGCUGAAUGUUUUUGUUAACGCUCCUGUGAUCAGGUUCCCAAAGUCUGUUGAUCCAAAAACCGGGACCUACGAUGAUGUCACAUUCUUCUUAGGGCAAUUAUUCAUUGAGAACGUCUUUGUUAAAGGCAGCAACGGGUUAGUUAACAAGCUGAAAGCUGGAAUAAGGCGUGGAAAGUUCACAUCCUUGUUUAAUCUCGAAAACAGUGUAACGCAAAAGCUUUAUAUGAUGGAUGAUUUGGACAUCCAUUUUGAUAUCGAUAAUGACCCCAAAGCUGGCAGUACUGAUCCUGUCUUCAAGGUCAGGGGAUAUUUUGAGCCCUUUUCUACCAAAAUCACUGAAUUACAACUAAAGUUCAUGUACUUACUUUCCACACGGCUGGCAGAAUCUUUUACAAUUGAUGAAAUAAAGGAAACGGAUGAUAUGGAGUUUGCAGCCAUUAAUGCAAGCUCAGUUAUAGGCCCUAAUGCCCAGUACAAGGCAUCCAAUGAUGUCUUUAAAGUAUACAAGGAAGCUGCGCGACCAGAUCCUAACGGCAUCUUUAUAGAUGUUGCUUUCGAUGCGCCUAGCGUAUCCCUGACACUUUUUAAUCAGACGGCAGAUGUGCAAGAUGUAUCAGAGCAUGGAAUCACGGAAAUUAAAUUGCAUGAUUUUGGGAUAAAAAUGCAUAUGUCACAUGUAGGAAACUUAAAGUCUGAAGUUCAUAUUGCCGCCUUCACAGUUGAAGACAUUAGAACUUCGAAGGAUAACAAACAUACUAUGUUGAUUCCAAAAAUUGAAGGUGAUAAUUACCAGUUCAUGGGCUUCCUUAACAGGACCUUCAUGGACUCUACCGAACUCAUUGAUAUUGCGAUCACAGUGGAUAGUCCUAAAGUCAUCUUGGCAAUGGAUUAUCUAUUUGCCCUAAAAUCUCUCUUUGAUAAUGCGUUCAGCGUUAAAGCUCCAUCGGUAGUUUUUGAAAACUCGGAUCGGAAAAUAUCCGUCGAUGGCAGUACAGCUGUUGCAUCAGUUCCGGAUCGUGAUAGUCUGAUGAAGGUCCAGUAUUCCAUUAAUGUUAUAAAUUCGCAGGUUAUUUUGUUAGCUGAUCCAUCUAAAGUUGACUCAGAAGCUGUCGUUUUUGCCGUUGGCCAACUACUGCUUUCAGAUCAAAACAUAUUGUCACUCUCUAUCAAUAACGUCGGGAUGUUUUUAUGCAGGAUGGAUACCUCAAACGAUGACAAGAUCAGAUUAUUGGAUGAUUGUUCCUCGGCGUUAAUUAUUGACAAUAGGAAUUCUACGAAGAAUAGGAUGUUAACCGAGAUCCAGGGAUCUAUCGGCAACUUAGUAAUGCGUCUUUCUUUGAGGGAUAUCCGAUUGGCGAUAUCUAUCUUCAACAGGGCUAUGGCUCUUGCAAAAGAUAAUGGGUUGAUAAGUGAAGAAGAUCGCGACGAGCAGGCUACCCUUGCAACAAGAUAUGGAAGAUUCUCCAAGGACUUCAAGGAGAAAAUCAAGCGCUAUGCGCCAAGUAUUGUUUCCUCUGUCAGUGCUUUGUCGAGAGAAACUGGUACUUUCCUUCCUACCCCAGAAGUUGUGUUAAAAGCUGAAAAUAUGGAUAUCAAUUUUUCAGGUAUGCGGCUAGUUUUGAUUGGUGAUGUACACGAACUUCCAAUUCUGGAUUUUAACGUUAAACCGUUUAAUAUUGAUGCUAAAGAUUGGUCAUCAAACAUUGAUGCAGUUGCAACUGUUGAAGCUUAUACCAAUGUCUUUAACUACUCAAGAUCUAGUUGGGAGCCUUUAAUUGAGGCAUUCCCGGUUACAUUCCAUGCCACUAAGGGUGGUGAUAAUGAUGCUUCUUUCCUAUUCGAGAUUGUUUCGAAUAAAAUUGCCGAAGUUACUCUAACUAGCAGAACGAUUGCACUAUUCUCUAACAUAUCAGAUUCUUUGUUCUAUCCAGAUGACACAAACAGGGUUGCGCGCGGUGCAGAAAAACCUUAUAGGAUCUUAAAUGAUACAGGAAUGGAUAUCAACGUUUGGAUACGUGAUGAUAACUGCGCGGAAGGUGCUCGGCAGUUGACGUUGUUGAAAAAUGGGGAGGUCAUACCGUGGGAGUUUGAAGACUGGAGAGCUGUCAGAGAAAGUUUGGAUACGGAUAAUAGUAAAAAUAUUCUUCAAGUGGAACUUUGUGAUCCGAAAUACAAGACCAUUAUCGAAGUUGACGCUACUGAAGAAGGAGAGACGUUGCAUAAGCUUUACCCCCCAUCCAAUAAUAUCCAUAAUAGGUUGGUGACCGACUUAAAAUUGUGCGACGAUAAUGUCAAGUUGAUAACACUAAGGUCAUCUUUAGUUUUUGAGAAUUCCACGUAUACACCGCUACAAAUUAAGAUAGGAUUUAACGACGAGCAAGUAUGUGUGAUUGAACCAGGGCAGAAGCGUUCUAUACCGAUUGAUUCGGUUUACCAUUCUCGUGUGCUUGUGAGACCGCUAAACGACAGGCAGUAUAAAUGGUCAAACUCCGUUAUAUAUUGGGAAUAUCUGCUAAGAAGAGGACCGCAAGCCUUAUUCUGUGAAGAUGAGGAAUCUGAUUCGACUUUUCACCUAGAAGCUGAAGCUAAAUAUGAUCCAAAUGAGCCGCUUUUGAAAGCGUAUCCGCAUAUGUCAGUGGUUAUCUCCUCACCACUAAUUAUAGAAAACUUGCUUCCAUUCGAUAUGACUUUUAUCUUAUUUAGUCGAAACACAAGGGCAAAGAAUCUGAAGAGGCUAAAGAAGGGUGAAAAGGUGCCAAUACAUGAUAUAUCUCUUGAGGACUUUUUGUUAUUUGCUGUACAACCAAUCGAUGAAGGGUUUAAGUGGUCUAACGAAGUAAUUAUCAAUUCUCCUAGAAAUUCGGAGAUGAAACCUGAAACUAAGGUGCAGCUAAAACAUUAUUCGGGUCAAAAAGUAAACUUGAAGUUACACUACCACCAAGUGGAGGGUAUGCGAGCAAAGUUGAUAAGCGUAUAUGCACCUUAUGUUAUUUUGAACAAAACAGAGCGUGACUUAUACAUCGAAGGGGAUAGGCAAUGUGGUAUUAUGCAGGCUCCUGCCUUUAUACAAGACGGCAAAAGAGUCAGCAAACCAAAAAUAUUUUCCUUUGAUAGAGAUGACAGGAAUAAGAACAGGGCACGGAUCAGAUUUAAAGAUACAACUGCUAGUAUUCCCACUUCUUUUGAGGCUAUUGGUCAGGCUGUUGAUGUGACAAUGGAUGUUCCUAACAAAGAUAAGGAAUGUAAUAUUGGGAUUUAUGUGACAGAAGGUAAUGGUAAGUAUGCUUUGUCAAAGGUUGUUGAAAUUCAACCCCGUUAUAUUAUCCGUAAUAAACUUGACUCGGAUAUUGUAAUUACGGAAACUGAAUUUGUGGAUGGAACCUGCACGCUUUCGCCCGGUUCCUCGAUGCCGUUAUACAAGUUAAGAAACGUGGUCAACAAGCAAUUGAGAAUGAAGUUCUUGGGAAAUGACUCCGAAUGGUCACAACCUUUUAUGAUUAAAGAUGUCGGUACUACAUAUGUCAAAGUGAUGCGGCAAGUUAGUGGCCAAAUAUUAUUAAAAGUUGACAUCUAUCUUGAUAACGCUACGCUGUUUAUUGAAGUUGAUGAUGCCAAUGAUAAGUGGCCAUUUUCCGUAAGGAAUUUCAGCGAUUAUGAGUUUAUAUUUUGGCAACGUGAUCCUAGGAUUGUUGAUGAUGACGAUGACGAUGUGGACUAUCAUCGUGAAUUUGAUAGCCGCGGAUACGCUCCAUUGUAUUACCGCGUUCCACCGAGAAGUGUGAUGCCAUACGCAUGGGAUUACCCUAGCGCUAGACAAAAGAAGCUUGUUAUACAUGGGAAAAACAGGAGGAGGGAAAUUGACCUGAAUGAGCUCGGUAACCUGAAACCUAUGAGGUUACCUGGAGCAAAUAAGACUGAUCCGCCAUUAAUUGUUGAUUUUAACAUUGUAAUGGACAAUGGGGUGCAGGCAUUGGUGAUCACAAAUUAUAAUGAGGAAUUGAGCUUGUAUAAACUCCGCAAUCAUCAGUCAACUUCCAGUUCACUUUCAGGCAGUACAAACAACGAAGGGUUUGAGAUCAAUGAAAAUGAUAAUGAGAUCAAGAUGCGGGUAUCUGUUGCAUUCCAAGGUGUCGGUAUCUCCUUAGUUAAUACUGAAAGGCUGCAGGAACUAUUAUACAUUAGUAUGAAGGGACUAGAAUUGCGUUACAAUAACUCUGAAAUAUACCAAACUUUGACUUGGAAACUGAAAUGGAUCCAGGUUGAUAACCAGCUCUUUGGCGGUAUUUACCAAAACGUACUGUACCCUACAAGGAUUCCGAAUACUACGAAGGAAAUGAAUGUGCAUCCUGCUCUUUCCGGAUCCAUUUCAAAAGUCAAAGAUAGCACCCAUAGCUCUCUUAACUUCAAAUUUGCUACGGUAUUGUUACAAGAAAUGACACUCCAAUUAGACGAAGACUUCCUAUUUGCAGUACUUGACUUCUUUAAGAUACCUGGUGCGUCAUGGCAGCGAACAAUACCGGACCAACUCUGCCAGGAAGUAUGUGAACUAUCUGAACCACGGAAGACUCAAAGUGAUUUGGAUGUUUACUUUGAGAUGCUUCACAUUCAACCUACUUUGCUGCAUUUAUCAUUCGUUCGCACUGAAAGGAUCAAUGCAAACUCAGAAGAUAAAAAAGCUCGUGGAACAAGUACUAUUAUGUUUUUCCUAAAUGUCUUGACAAUGGCGCUCGGUAAUGUGAAUAAUGCACCUAUUAAACUCAGCUCUUUGAUGAUGGAGAAUGUGAGAGUAUCAAUGCCCACCUUACUGGAAGUGAUACAGGCGCACUAUGGCCAGCAGUUCUUCUACCAAUUGCAUAAAAUCCUCGGCUCCGCAGAUUUCCUUGGUAACCCAGUUGGUCUGUUCAAUACCAUUAGUUCUGGUGUCAAAGAUCUAUUCUAUGAACCGUACCAGGGCUACAUCAUGAAUGAUAGACCACAAGAACUAGGCAUUAGCUUAGCAAAGGGUGGUCUCAGCUUCAUGAAGAAGUCUGUUUUUGGUCUUUCUGACAGUUUCUCACGGCUCACUGGCUCCAUGGCCAAGGGUCUUUCUGUUGCAACGAGGGACUCGGAUUUCCAAGACCGCCGCAGGCUCCAGCAGCGUCAACGGGGCGCUGUGGGAUUUGCUGCCAGUGCAUCCUCAUUUAUGAAUACUAUUGGUAGUGGUAUCUCAGGCGUUGCCCUCGAUCCAUACAAGGGCGCUAGCAAAGAGGGAACCACUGGCUUCCUGAAGGGCCUAGGUAAGGGCAUCAUUGGCCUGCCUACAAAGACUGCUAUUGGAGUCCUAGAUCUUGCUAGUAAUGUUUCCGAAGGAAUACGGAAUACAACUACGAUGAUGGACGGUGGACACAUAGAUCGCGUGCGUCUUCCUCGCCAUGUUGGCCUGGACAAGGUUAUAAAGCCGUACAAUGCACAUGAGGCACAGGGCCAGUUCUGGCUAAAGACAGCUAAUGGUGGGCAAUUCCAGUCCGACCAAUAUGUCGGCCACGUUGUUCUACGCACUGAAGGAAACGUCGCGCUCGUAUCUCUCUCGCGCAUACUGCGGAUAUCUCUCUCGACACGGGAGGUGCUUGAACAGGCAGACUUCACAGAUGUUGGCGGCGUGCGCCUUUCCCGCAACGGCCUCCAUGUUGUACUGCGCAAACCCAUGGAUCACCAGCUUUUCUUUGCUUGCACUGACGCCGAGGAGCGCCGUUACCUCUACAAGACAGUAGCGGUCGCAGUAACCGAGUUCAACCAGCGCUACGACAGUGAGCUCUAA